CCAGACGUCGUAACUAAAAAUACAUUUUCGAAUUUCCCUUAAUAUUAUUACACCAUGUUUCGCCUUUCCUUAGAGACUGGUCAAGUGCCGGUUGCAUGGAAGCUGGCCAACGUGCAGCCUGUGUCCAAAAAAGGUAGUCGUACCGACCCUAACAAUUACCGCCCUAUUUCGGUCAUGUCCUUACUUUGCAAGAUUAUGGAACGUGUACUUAACAACAAACUCCUGGCAUACAUUGAAGGUAACGAUCUCCUCAGCGAUCGGCAACACGGUUUCGACGUAACCGAUCGACUAGACACCUUCUUGCGUAUGCCAAUCACAUCUGGAGCGAGGCCAUCGAGAGGCACGGGGAGGCAUUGGCAGUCUCCCUCGAUAUCUCGAAGGCUUUUGACAGGGUAUGGCACGAAAGUCUUAUCGGUAAGCUUCCUGCAUAUGGACUUCCUGCUGAUCCUGGCUCACAGCUUCAGGAUCUUCCUGCUGAUCUGUGCAGAUGGAUAGCAGACUUCCCGCGAGAUCGGUCAAUACGAGUAGUCAUCGAUGGCUGUCCCUCAGGGGUCAGUACUUUCAGCGACGCUCUUUUUGCUGCACAUAAACGACCUGCUUAAGCCCGGUAUCUUUGGGUAUGCAGAUGACUGCACAGUUGUUGAAAGGUAAAUAUCCGAUGCGCAAACUAGCGGAACACAGAUCCGGUCUCUAAGAGAAUCCGUGGUCGAGCGUUUGAACUCGAUCUUGAAGGCGGUCUCCGACUG